AUGACUGCGACUCCUCCUCCUACCCCUCCUACUCCUCCUCCUCCUCCUCCUCCUACUACUACUACUACUACUACACCUACGACUAAUACUACUACUAUUACUACUACUGCAUCUACGACUACUACCACACCUACUACUACUACUUCUAUUACUACUACUACUACACCUACGACUACUACUACUGCUACACCUACUACUACACCUACGACUACUACUACUACUACUAUUACUACUACAGUUACUGGACCUAACUUAAAUUGUCAGGAAUUGGAGUGUUCGAUUUUCAUUCGGUAUAAUGAUCCACAAUUAUCAGUAGUUAAUAAUUCCGAUCAUAAUGGUAAUAGUUCGAGCUGUAUAUAUCCAAAUGAAGUAUAUAGUAAGAAUAUCGUUGUGAUCUAUAGACGUCAAUCGUAA